UGGCAGCCUGUUAAUGUUUAUUUUUAAAUAAUGGACAGAGAUUCAAAAUAAAAUGUUUAAAGUCGGUGGGUUCGUGUUAAUUUCUUUAUUAAUAACUCUCGGAUAUGGCAUAGGAUUAUUGAAAUUUUUAACAGAACACCAAGAAGAUAAAUGUGAGAUGACCUACAUGUUCGAAUAUCCUCAGUUUGUGAAAAUAUCUCAUCAAGUUGACAAGAAAUAUAUUAAAUAUGGAUUGUAUGCCUACAGCGAGGGACGACUUACAGAACGAACCCGAAACAUGUUCUUCAAUGGCAUUCCUGUACUGUUUAUACCUGGAAAUGCGGGAUCUUACAAACAAGUUAGAUCAUUGUCUUCGGUUGCUCUACGAAAAUCGCUAAAUUCGAGGAUCCCUUACCAUUUUGAUUACUUCACGGUCGAUCUGAACGAAGAAUUUACAGGCUUGUACGGCCCGUUGCUUCAUGAUCAGCUAGAUUUUGUCAAGAGCUCUCUCUACCGCAUUCUCGAGUUGUACAAGCAAAGCAGCAGCCGACCUGAAUCUGUGAUACUUGUGGGACAUUCUGUGGGGGGGAUAAUAGCUUUGAAAUUGGUAUCAGAAUUAUCAGAUCCCAAGCUGGUUCCUCUAGUUGUCACUUUGGCAACGCCUCUGAAAAGGCCCCCACUACUUUUGGACUACCACUUGGCCAAUUUUUAUGAUGGGAAUUUCUCCAAAAUACCUGAGUCUACAACGGUGGUGAGCUUAUCGGGAGGUUACAGGGAUUACGUGAUACCUCCUUAUCUGAGCGAGAAAACAGGCAAUCAGUCGCUUUAUGCCGUG